AUGUAUCAGCCAUUCCAGGCCUUCUGCCCACAGCCCUACUUGACCCCUGGUGUCAGUCAAUCGACAAGCAGCAGCAGCAGGUAUCAUCAAGCCGGGCAGUUCCAACAAGCUAAUCUAUUCAACCCAACCGGCCAGCCUGUGCAGCCAGCUGGUUAUGGGGCUAUGCAGCAUCCCUACUCUAACAACCAUCUCACUCAUACCUCAACGGUGUCGGUGGAAUCGGCACCUCCUGAGAUCACUGAGUCCGAGAGGAACAAGUUCGACAGCUACCAACCAAGCAGAACGUCCGUGAGGAAGUCGAGGAGAGAUCGUCGAAGUCUACGUUGA